UAUCUGAGUAGGGUUUCGUUUCGUUGUGUGCGUUGAUCUUUGAGUAAAACCGUGCGCGUAUGUGUGUUGAAAAAGAACUGGAAAGAGCAUAGACACACACAUUCACACGCACACAUCUAUAUACCAGCAUCAGCAGCAGCGAGUGCUUGCUUUCUCAAUUACCUGAUGACGUUCUACAAUAAUUCUAGUUCUUCUAUUCGGCCAUAUUGGCUAAGAACUCUGUUUAUAAAGUUAGUGACAACAAUAUUUGCAUAAAACGUUCCAUCGUCCGUGCAGUUCUCCGCAUUAUUUACGAAAUGCUAUAACAAAUACAGAAUAUAGUUUGUAGUAAAUUAAAAGUGGGAACGCUUCCAAUAUGUAAAUACGGAUAGACCUGCCUGUUUGUUGACUGUUGUUGACCUAAAAGUGUAUGAAAUUCCGUGCGCUGAAUACGAACGUGCAUACCUUCCUAGAGCACGAUGUGUUUACACCAAUAUACGUUGCUGAGAUAAUUUGUUCUUCCUGUUUAACAUGUCAAAUAGCAAGAAACAAGAGCAGUAUAUAUUAAAGACAUCUUCAGACGUGGGAAGCUCAGUUCCACCCCGUUACCAGCCACCACCACUUCCUCCAUCUUCAACUAACACUGGAGGAAUAUUGAAACAUAAAGAUGCCAAGCACUAUGUACCAAAAAUAUUCCACUCACAGCAGCAGCAGCAGCAACUGAAAUAUCCCUAUUCUUAUCAAGUGGGCAUCCCACAAAACAAUCGAGUUGUUGUUGAUCAAGAGGAGACUCAAGUGCAAGUGCAUCAAAGACAUUUGGAUGAACAAGCAAUACACCAAAAAGUACAAAAUUCACGUUUCACAGAGGAAGAAUUUAACAGGCAAACAGACAUGUUAAAAUUUGUUAGGAAAACUGAUGAAAACAUUAAAAUAAUACCAGAACAGAAUCGUCAGCAUGAUGCCAGACAAAUGCAAACACUGAUAAUUGAAUUGAGGUCCCUUAAGGAAGCUAACCAACGCCUGGCAGAUGAUAAUCAGGAACUUCGAGAUUUGUGUUGCUUUCUUGAUGAUGACAGACAAAAAGGCAGGAAGCUUGCUAGGGAAUGGCAAAGAUUUGGACGUUACACUGCUUCUGUGAUGAAGCAAGAAGUGUCUGCUUACCAGAGUAAACUUCGAGAAUUAGAUAAUAAGCAGCAAGAACUCAUCAAAGACAAUCUUGAAUUGAAAGAAUUAUGUCUAUGUUUAGAUGAGGAAAGGGGAAAUAGUAUUUGUGCUUCUUGUGGCAGCAGUGCUUCAGGAACAAAUUUAAGAGAUGAUGGAGAUGGGUCCAGCUCAAGUACAAAUGCAGAUGAACCAACAUUGAUUCAACAGUAUACCAAUCUAAAUCUUUCUAGAAGAACAGCAAGUAGAGAAAGAUUAUUGCAUGACAAUUUGGCUCGACAGCGAAAUUCUUUUAAUGAUCAGAUAAUGCAGUAUGUGAGAAGUCUGGAGAGCAAAGUUAAACAAUUGGAAGAUGAUAAAAGAUCGUUGACACACAAAAUAAAUCAGAUUGCUGCAAGUACUGGUGAUCCAACAAUUGCUAUGCCCAUGGACAUAGGAGUCACAGCAUUGACUGGUAGACCAGAAGCUGUUGUAAGGGCUCUGCAAGUUUUAGAGGUCCGAGAGCAAUUGGAGAGGGAGGGCAGACUUGCAGAUCAUGGAGAAAACAUUAUAGAAUCAAAUGGUGAUAUGGAUGAUGGAGAAAAGGCACUUGUUAGAGAAAUGUGCAAUGUUGUAUGGAGAAAAUUGGAAGAAUGUCCACAAUCUAGGAGAUAAUUACUAUGAUAUUACUAUUUAUAAAUUAGUUUCAUUUCUCUCAAUUAAUGUAUUAUAUAUUUAUAUUCGCUUUAAGAGAUUAUUCAUAUUAUUUUAUUACAUUUUUAUAUAACUUAUAAGCAAAGUGACAUUACCAUGGUGGGCCAAUAUAUAAUAAUAUUUACAACAAAAUGAAAGUAUAAACUUAUAUGGUGUAUAUCAUUAAUUAUUGUUAUAUUUAACUUUCGUUAUUUCGUCGUAUUUAUCUUUCGAGACCAAUUCGAUUACUUUACUUUUUUAUCAAAGUAAUAAAACAUAUUUUAAUUUAUUUAUUACAUACUUUUUUUAAU